CAAAGUUUUGUUUCUGAGCAAAUGAAACUCUGCGUGGUAUAAAAAUCAGCCCAGUUCAGAGCUUGUUGUCAGUGCAGAUAAAGACAUGGAUCCCGUGACAGCUGCUGCAGGAGCAGUAGUUGGAGUGGUCGCUGCUCCUGCUAUUCUGGGGGCAGUUGGUUUCACCUCAGCUGGAAUAGCUGCAGGCUCCUGUGCUGCAAGCAUGAUGUCUGCAGCUGCAACUGCCAGUGGAGGAGGAGUUGCAGCUGGAAGUGUGGUGGCUGUUUUACAGUCAGCAGGUGCAGCUGGUCUGUCAGCUACUGCUGGUGCUGCUGCGGCUGGUGCUGGAGCAGCAGUGGGAUGGUUGGCGAGCUUCAUCGGCUAAAAAUCAAGAAGAGUUAAUCUAUUUGUUUACGCCAAAAUUGGAAGUCCUGUUACCCUGAUGAAGGAUUUUUUUGAUUCUGUUCUGAGACACUUGCCAGUGUUUCCAAACACAGUUUCAUUCUUAUGCUCUGGCUACCAAAAUAAAAAAAAUGCUUCAAUAAAAAAGCUUUAAAAUGUU